CGCCUUCAGUCGUUGCUGCGCUCGAGGAGGAAAGUCCGGUCUCGCGCCCCUCCGGUCGUGUGUUGUGUGUGUGUGUGUGCGCGCGGUUUUUUUUGGGGGUCUAACGAUUCCCGGCACCGAAAACAAAAUGCAUCGCUCCUCCGGUCUCUGCCUUAUCCUCCUGGUGGCUUUAGGAUUUUCACUGUCUGAAGCAGUGACGAUUGAAUUGCGUGACACGAGUGGCCAAGUCUGCCUAUACGCUGCACUAUCUGUGAACUUCACUGUUCGCUAUGAAGGGAAAGAGACCAUGGUAAAUGCAUCAUUUCAGCUGCCAAGUGAAGUAUCCACAAAUGGAAGUCUCUGUGGAGAUGAUAAGACUGCCCCUUUGAUAAACAUGACCUUUGGCACUGGUCACUCUUUGAGUUUAAAUUUCUCCCAUUCUACUGGAACCUUUCGAGGUGACUUUCUGACUCUCACCUACAACACCAGUGACUCAACUCUGUUUCCAGGAGCACAAAAUGCAAGUGUGCAGCAUGUCACUAUACAUGCUUUAAUGAUGCCUGUGCCCCUCAACACAUUGUAUACAUGUAAAAGUGCUGAAGCUGUUGCAGAAGGACUUGUCACCAUGGUUUUUUGGAAUGUCAGCAUUCAAGCUUUUGUGAAGAAUGGAACAAUCAGCACAAAUGAAACCUCGUGCAAGGAAGAUCAGCCCACCACAGUGGCACCUGUUACCACACAAUCACCAACCAAACCCCCAACCACACCUCCACCACUGGAAAAGCCAACAGUAGGCAACUAUAGUGUUAAAAAUGGAAGUGACUCUUGCCUCCUUGCCAAUUUUGGACUCCAGUUAAAUCAAUCAUUUGAAGAAGGAAACCAGACUAAAUUUUUUGUCCACAAUAUUGAUCCACAUUCCAAUGCAACUGGACAAUGUGGGAAACAUGAUGCAACUCUGGUGCUAAAAGACAGUGUUGCUAUUAUUCAGUUCCAUUUUAGAGUGGAUAACUCGAAAUUCUUCUUGAAUGAGGUGAAAGCUAAUGUAAGCUUUGUUGUGAACGGAACGGAAUCUGUGCAUGCCGACACCAAUGGCAAUCUGAGUUACUGGCACGCAUCUUUAGGGAGUUCUUACUUGUGCAACAAGGAGCAAAGGUUAAGCGUGUCUGUCAACCUCACCAUCAAUACUUUCAAUGUGUGGGUGCAGCCUUUCCAGUUGAAGGGUGAAAAUUUCUCCAAAGCUGAACAGUGUUUCCUGGAUGAUGAUGGCAUUCUUAUCCCAAUUGUAGUUGGUGCUGCUCUUGCUGGCUUGAUUGUGAUUGUUGUGAUUGCUUAUGUGAUUGGUAGAAGGAAGAGCUACGCUGGAUAUCAAACGCUUUAAAUAUUGAUUUGGUUUUGAUCCUGACCUGUGAUUCCUGUUCAUGGUGGUAGAUGCAAGUUCAUGUUUUGUCUUGUUUUUUUAAAGCUCCUUUAAAUUGCACUAUUCAGCCUUUGUUUCUUGGUGUUAAACUUGCAUCCACACUAUGGACACAGAGGAAAUGUUGAGGAGUGUUCUGCUGGCAUUAUUUAUGAAGGGAUAACAAAACUCACCUACACUGACCCUCUGGCAUUAUUCCCAGGAAAUGCUUUCCGGGAACAGUUUCUAAAAGUUGCUUGCAAGCUUGUCUUGGUGAUGUGUGUCUGGAACAAAUAACUUCCCUUAACAUUUGUGGUCCUGUUAAACCACUUAAUUGCCAGCACUUCUACUGUCAACAUCUUAUGCCAAUGAUUAAAUUAAUAUGAAAUUUGAAAUGAACAUGUGUUGUAUAGUGGGAUCCUAGAGAUGUAGCUUGGUUUUGGCUCUAGAUGUACCUGUGGAAAACUGUAUAAAUGUUAAUAACAGUUGUAUAUAAACUUUUGGCUGAUCUUUAAGCCAUCAGUUGGCAUACAGGACAACUUUGUUAGUUGGAAGCCUUGAAUUAUGCAGAUAACGUUCCUUGUGUCAGUGUUCUAAUGAGUGUCUUGACUUUAGUUCUAACUUUGGCCACUGACUAUCUUUCUAAUUUGACUAAUAGUGUUGUGAGCACUGCACUCGGCUUUGAAAUUUCAGUUUGGCCUUUCCUCCUGGAAACUCGGCUGUUUGGAUAUACUGAUUUUACCAGGUUUAUUUAGGAUUUCUGUGGUUUAAUUGUAUGUAAAGUUUAACUCAAAUUUAUAAUAAAGAAUCUUCUGAA